CAAGAGUGAUUGUAGCAGUGCUUUGUGCUGUAGUGGGGAUAGGGCUGGCAGAGAGGGUUAUAGGGAUACCAGGGGAGGUAGCGAAGGAUAUGAGAUGGGAGGUGCUAGGAGACAUAAUUCCUCACAAGUUCUCCCAAAAUUAUUAUAUUCUAUCGCUACGUGUAAAGUCUCUGAACUUGAAAACAAUGGAAUUCAGUUCAUUUUCCCCUUCGAUUUCAUUAAGUCUUGCUUGCUUCCUCUCCACGCCCCAAGCCACUCUUACCACUGCUCACUUCGGCUUCUUCCUCAAAUUCUCUCCACUCACAGUGGACGUACUCGAAAUCAACGAAAUGUUUCCGCUAGUAGAGAAAUCAGGAUUUGAGUUUUUGACACUGAAGAAGGACACAAGGGUAGGGCAAAAAGGGUCAGUUGAGGAACUAGAGAUUGGUGUUGUGAUGGAGAAGGGGUUGAGGUCUGGGGAUUUUGUGCUGAGAGGAGGGGAAAAGAUGGAGUUGAAGUGUUUUGCAGGGUAUGGGAAGAGUGUGGAUGAUGUGAGGAAUUUGGAGGCUUUUAUGCCUUUUUCUGCAGAAGUGGUUUUGGGAGUCCCGAAGGAGUCAAAGGAAAUUGAGUUAGAGCAGAUUUUAAAGCCGAUGGUUAAUCCAUAUCAAGCUCAGAAUACCCCAAAUCAGUACCAAACUUCUUCGAACCCAUCCUCUGAAACUUCAUCUUCACCCUCAAACUCUACUACACCUCCUCAGCAAUCUUCUUCCUGUAAUGAUUACAGCUUUAAAGCCGAUCUCAACUCCUCUAACGGAGGGUUAAAUCUUGGAAGAAUAGACACUAGUAACGGCAAUGGAAAUGGAAAUGGUCAGAGUUUUACUUAUAUUAUCCA